GAUACUUGUUGCUGCAGAGAUGUCUGGACGUGGAAAAGGGGGGAAAGGCCUGGGCAAAGGAGGCGCCAAGAGGCACCGUAAGGUACUCCGUGAUAACAUCCAGGGUAUCACUAAGCCUGCCAUUCGCCGCUUGGCUCGUCGCGGUGGAGUGAAGCGUAUUUCUGGACUCAUCUACGAAGAAACUCGAGGUGUGUUGAAGGUUUUCCUGGAAAAUGUUAUCCGUGAUGCAGUUACCUACACCGAGCACGCCAAAAGGAAGACUGUGACGGCUAUGGAUGUCGUCUACGCUUUAAAACGCCAGGGCCGUACUCUGUAUGGUUUUGGUGGUUAAGACGCGAUUCCGCCGUUCCUAGCAAGAAGAAAAAA